AUGAACAUCGAAGUGAUACGACCAGCUAGUCGGUUGAACUCCACGGCUAACAUUAAGAUCACUGCAAUUGGAUAUGUUAAUGAGAAAUUAUAUGUAGGGUUUGGUAAUGGGGAUUUAGGAGUGUUUGAUGUUGAUAUAACCUUUAUUCCUGAACAAAGGAAACCUCAACUGAUAAGAUCUUUUAAAACUUUAAACGAUAUAAGGACUUAUUUCAGUGAAACUAAGAGUUCUAAUUUCACUCAUGAUAUUACAUUUCCCAACAUUAAUGGUGACAAUACUUCAAUCAAUCGAAUUGAUAUUAUAUCCAUCAAUCAAUCCACUAAUAGAACCAUCUUUGCAAUUGUGAAUAAUGACGUUAUAAAGAUCUUUGAAAAAGUAGGAAAUCAUCUUAACCUCGUACAAGUCAUAGAAGAUUCCAAAUAUUUCCAGGAAUUGUAUUUCUAUGAAAUCAAUGAAAAGAAAUAUUUAGCUUUAGGUAUAAAGAAGAAAUUGAUUAUCUUACAAAUGAUAUAUAAAACCAGAAACAUCUUCCAAUUCCAAAAAGUUCAUGAAUCUUCAUUGAAAGAAAGGAUAAAGGCCAUCAAUGUGAUUAAUCUAGACCAUGGAAUUCAACUUAUCAUAGGUUUGAGUAAUGAUUUCAUAUUAGUAGAUAUUAAUAACAAUUAUUCCAUUACAUCAAUAUUCACCGAAGAUAACGAGUUGAUACAAAAUUUCAAUAAUACAUCGUUCAGUUACUUUGGUUUGACAAGUAGUGGUCCAUCUAUAUGGAUCAUAAAGAUAAAUGAUGAAGAGUAUUGUUUAAUUAAAGAUACUCAAUGUAUUAUAAUCAGCUAUAAAGACUUGAAAUUCACAGUUUCUCCAAGUAAUAUUAAACUUCAGACGUCACCCAUUUAUGUAGGUUUGAUAAGUCCGUCAUAUUUAUUCAUCAUGUAUACCAAAAAGGUGGAGAUAGUAGAAAUCGAUAGUGGUGAUUUGAUUCAAAAGAUUUCUCACCUGAUCAAUUCUAACAACAUUCCAACAUUCUUGAACCAUUCCUUUGUGUUCUUGGGAGCUGUCAAUGAUUUGUUGCAGUUCAAUAUUUGCAGUUAUCAGCAACAAAUCGAUCAAUACUUGAAAUUUGGUGUUAAUGAUAAUAGGCCAAAGAAAGACCCUGCCACUGAUUUGUCACUCAUAGGUUUGAAUAAGGCUAUUUCAUUCGUUGAAAAAUUAGAUGAAGAGGAUGAAUAUUUCGGGGGUACAAGAGUCAGUAAGGAGAAACGGAAGCAAUUAUUUUUACGAGACUUAUAUAAAACCAAAGCCAUCUUAUUAUUUGAACGGUACUCAAAAUAUCACGAAUCUUUGGUGGGUAUUUGUAGUGAAUGGUUGAUAUCCUAUAAGGACGUUCUUGACUUAUUCCCGGAAUUCUUGUCCACAAAUUACUAUCUUGAUGAUAGAAUUGAUCCUGAGAUCUUGAAACUGUCAAAGAAUUUCAUGAAAAGAAUCAAAGUAGAAGAUAUCGAGCAAUUGAAGUAUUCGUCUGUCACUGCAGAUUCUGCCACUGAAGCUGAUGAACAAGAUCCAUCUAAGGCUACCUAUAGAGUGUUACCAACUAAUAUCUUUGGACAAACCAAGGAUCAGAAUUUAAAGAAAUUUAAUAAAGCUGUGAAUAACUUGAUAGUAUACUUAACCGAUCAAAGAAGAAUACAUCUUAACUUUUCCCAUGAAGAAGCUUAUAGGUGGAAAUCCAUUAAUGUCACACCGUUUGAUUUAUACGAUUUCGUGACACCUGAAACCUAUAAAUACAGUUUAGAGCAAAUAUCGAAGGAAAUCGAUACUUCCUUGUUUUUGUGUUAUUUCCAUUGCAAACCUAUGUUAUUAGGACCUUUAUUGAGAUUACCCAAUAAUAAAUGUGAUUCCAAAGUUGUUAAUGAUUGUUUGUUGAGCAAUGUUCAUAACCAUCAGUUCAAUGAACCUAACUUUAUCAAGGAAUUACUCGAUUUUUAUUUUGGCCGUAAUUUGCAUCAAGAAGCUUUGGACAUGUUGUUCAAAUUGAGCCAUGAAGAUGUCAAUCACGAAGAUGAAUUUGAUGACUUCUUGAGAAGUCCUAGUUUGACCAUUCAGUAUUUACAGAAACUUGAUAAUAAUAAUCUCCCUUUGAUAUUACAGUAUGGGAACUGGUUAUUGACGGAGAAGAACCAAGAUAUUAUCGAAAAUGCCAGAUUAAUCUUCAUGAAUGAUACUUAUGAGUGUGAAAGUUAUGAUAAUUUUGAAGUUUUAGACUACUUUAAGAAUGAUAUACGUAAUGAAGAGUUAUCGAUAAAAUACUUGGAAUGGAUUAUCUUCGAAAGCGAUUUAGGUGAAAAUCCAUCCAAAGUCUCAACAAUGGGACAAUUCCAUACAAAACUUUGUGUUUCGUAUUUAUCAUUAUUGAAGAAACAUAGUAAAGAAGAGCUCUCAAAAUUUGAAAAUUUGCCUACUUAUAAGAAAUUAAUGGAAUUUCUCAAGACUACCGAUUUAUAUGAACCUUGGGCUGUGUUGAAACACAUACCAACAGAUAAUGUUAAUUUCCUCAGAUUCACUAUCUUCAUUUAUAAGAGAUUAGGUGAACAUGAUAAAUCAAUUGAUGUAUUAUAUAAUCAGCUAGAUGAUUUAGAUGGUGCCAUAGAUUAUUGUGCUGAGAUUUAUGAUUACCAUAAUAAGAGGCAAGGUUCAACUUUACUUCAUAAGUUAUUGGAAGAUCUUUUAAUGCAUUAUAACGAAAACACUGAUAACAUUGAGAAACUAUUGAUCCACCAAGGAUCGAAAAUGGAAACUUUAAAGGUGUUGACCGUUCUUCCUAAUUCAUUUCCAGUUAAGAAACUAUCAGAUUAUUUGAAUGAAUCCAUUAGGAACUCCAAGCAACAAUUAGUUGAUACCAGAUUGUCCAGUCAAUUGUAUAAAGUAGGAUCAAUCAAAUUACAGCAUGAACUUUUAACCACCCAGAGUAAAGGAUAUCUAGUUGAGAGCUCGAAGAAAUUAUGCUCAAUAUGUAACAAGAGGUUAGGAUAUUCCGUCUUCACCGUUCAUGAUAAUGAUAAAAUCGUUCAUUAUGCCUGCCAACAAAGAUUGAAAUCUGGUAUCUAG